CCGCCCUUAGCUGCUUUAGCUGUGCCGACUUCGCCGAUGGCUCCCGAUGCUAUUUUGCAUGAGAAACUUUCCAUUGAUGAACUCCCUUUUACUUCACAUGAACCCACUCAUAUUGCCGAGACCGGCGUUAUCACUGACACUAAGGAAGUAUCUAAUAUUAAUGAUAAAUCUAAGCGGCAUGAUAGGGGGCAAAAUUUGGAAAAUACACCUAAGCGGGCGAAGUUUGAAGAAUUGUUAGACAACGCUAAAAAUCAGGACGAUCGAAAAGGGCCGUAUCAAGAUGAGCACGAGACGAGGUUAUACGUUCCUAUCGAUAAAUUUACUUGUGCUGAAGUACCUAAACUAAUUUGUGCAGAUAACAUGACGACACAAAGUAAAAUUUCGUAUAAGUACGCUGUAAAACGAAACAGGUCUAGGAAAAAAAUUUUUCCACCAAAUACCGAUAAUCUAUCUUCUGCUUACUCUCAGGAGUUAGAGAAUCGUGUAGAUUCAAAUUUACUUAAUGAGUCGUCGGAUAUCGAGUGGACUCAAUUUAGAGGGACUUAUGGUAGAAACAAGAUAAUUCGGAUGAAGCCGGGCCCGGCUGAAAAGAUACAUCAUAUUACACUUGGGAAUACAUCUUGCAGAACAAGAAAUGUUGAUUCCGGAGUUUCGGAUGCCGUUGGACAUGAGGACACGAAACGAGACUCGGAAGAAGAACUGGGCAUUCGAGUUUCAGAUCUUGACCAUCCGGUAAUAAUUCACUGUCUUCAGGUCUUUUUGCUCAAGGGGCAUUGA